UUGUGCGACAAGGCUUCAAACUCAUCCAGUCGCGUUAACUCGCAACACGUUGAAUACGUACGUAGAAUGAGAAGUGUGAUGGUGUAUAGUGUGGCGGUAGCCGUGCUGUUGCUGGUGGUGGGCGUAUCGGAGGCCCAGAUUCAUCCGGACAUCAUUGAAGAUGCUCAUCUAGACUCGAUUGGUCUGCUGCGCAAGUAUGGCUACCCGGCAGAGGAGCAUAUCAUCGAAACGGACGACGGCUAUCUGCUGGGCGUGCACCGUUGCCCGGGCAGCCCGCUGUCGCCACCGGCCCCCGGCAAACCGGUCGUACUGCUGCAGCACGGUAUGCUGAGCUCGUCCGCCGACUACAUCCUGAUGGGGCCGGACACCAGCCUGGCGUACAUGCUGGCCGACGCCGGGUACGACGUGUGGAUGGGCAAUGCGCGCGGCAACCGGUACUCGCGGCGCCAUCGCUUCCGCAGCAACACGACGCAAACGUUCUGGGACUUUUCGUGGCACGAGGUCGGCAGCAUCGACAUCCCGAACAUGAUCGACUACAUACUGGUGCGGACGGGGCAGCAGUCGCUGCAGUACGUUGGCCACUCGCAGGGUACGACCGCGUACUGGGUGAUGAUGUCGCAGCAUCCGUACUACAAUCGGCGCAUCAAGAGCAUGCACGCGCUGGCGCCGGCCGCCUACAUGCACAACACGCGCAGCCCGUACGUGCUGUUCCUCGCGACCUUCCUGUACACGACCGACCUGAUGCUGCAGAUGAUGGGUACGUGGUGGUUCGAGCCGACCAACGAGAUGGACAUCCAGGGCGGGCUGCAGAACUGCCACGACGGUGCACCGUUCCAGGACAUGUGCUCGAUCAACACGUUCCUGAUUGCGGGCUUCAACACGGAGGAAGUCAACUCGACCAUGCUGCCCGUCAUCCAUGCCCACUCGCCCGCCGGUGCCUCGACGAUGCAGAUGAUCCACCACGCACAGACGAUCCGGUCGCGCAUCUUCAGACAGUACGAUCACGGGCCGAUGAACAUGGUCCGUUACGGGCAGCUAACGCCGCCGGUCUACAACCUGGCCAACGUGCAGGCACCGACACUGCUCUACCACAGCACGAACGAUUGGCUGGCCACACCGGCCGACGUGGAGCUGCUGUAUCGCGAGCUGCCGAACGUGGUGAAGCGCUACCUGGUGCCGCUGCCAGCCUUCAACCAUCUCGAUUUUGUGUGGGCCAUCAACGUGCGAUCGCUGCUGUACAACGAACUGCUGGCUGAUCUGAGGGCGUACGUGUAAAAGCGUUGUGGAAAUACAUCCUCGUUUGAUGCAGCUGCUUUUUUGCAAAGCAGCCUGUGACGAUUGUAAAGAGACUGUUUAUUGUUAGCAAUACUGUAAACUUGAAUAGACUAAGCUAGAUUCUUA